AUUUUCAUAUGCUCAACAGAUUCUGAAGGAAGUGGUCAUGGGAGUGAAGAUGCAUCAAAGGACAGUGGUGAAGGUUCCUGUACUGAAUCAGAAGAAAAUAUCUUGGAGGAGGAACCGGCAGAAGAGAAAGUGGGAGAGCAACAACCAAAAAGCUCCACUGAAGAAGUGCUAACAGCAGACAAAGAGGUAAUUAAAACUGAAAAGAAAGAGCAAGAAGAUGAAGAAGAAAAGCCAAAAAAGAAGAAAGAGAAGGAGAAAGCGGCUGAACCUGAUGCUGUGGCUGAUGAGCAAACAAAUGAACCAAAAAAAUGGAAUUUGCGCAGGAACCGCCCUUUGCUGGAUUUUGUGUCGAUGGAAGAACUAAAUGAUAUGGAUGACUAUGAUAGUGAAGAUGACAAUGACUGGAGGCCUACUGCUGAGAAAAAAAAAGGAAAAAAUGCACUGCGAAAAGAGGGGAGUGAUGGAGAUAAUGAGGAUGAUGAAGAUGAUGGGAGCGGAAGUGAUGAGGAUGACAAUGAUGAGGAAGGUAAUGAAGAAGACAAUAGCAGCACAGCUAGUGAUGGAGGAUCCAAGAAGAAGAGGAGUAAAGUUCUUAACAGGAAUAAUGCAGAUGAUGAGGAAUUGACAAAUGAUAGCCUGGCUCUUUCACAAAGCAAGAGUAAUGAGGACUCAUUGAUCCUUGAGAAGUCUCAAAACUGGAGUUCCCAGAAAAUGGACCAUAUUUUGAUUUGUUGCGUUUGUCUUGGAGAUAACAGUGAAGAUGCUGAUGAAAUAAUCCAGUGUGACAACUGUGGAAUAACCGUGCAUGAAGGUUGCUAUGGUGUUGAUGGAGAGAGUGACUCUAUCAUGAGCUCAGCUUCAGAAAAUUCCACAGAACCUUGGUUUUGUGAUGCCUGCAAAUGUGGUGUUACACCUAGUUGUGAAUUGUGUCCUAACCAGGAUGGGAUCUUCAAGGAGACUGAUGCUGGCAGGUGGGUCCAUAUUGUUUGUGCCCUCUAUGUUCCAGGAGUGGCAUUUGGAGAUAUUGACAAACUGCGGCCAGUAACACUUACAGAAAUGAAUUAUUCAAAGUAUGGUGCCAAGGAAUGCAGUUUUUGUGAAGAUACUCGUUUUGCCAGAACUGGUGUAUGCAUUAGUUGUGAUGCUGGGAUGUGCAGAGCUUAUUUCCAUGUGACCUGCGCGCAGAAGGAAGGCCUCCUCUCAGAAGCAGCAGCAGAAGAGGAUAUAGCUGACCCUUUUUUUGCUUAUUGUAAACAGCAUGCAGACAGGUUAGACAGAAAAUGGAAGCGGAAGAACUACUUGGCCUUACAGUCUUACUGUAAAAUGUCCUUGCAGGAAAGAGAAAAACAACUCUCACCAGAAGCUCAGGCCUAA